AUGCUCGCUCUUCGGCCAAGCAGGGACGUGGAACUUCUUCACGUUCCUGCCUCAAUGCCGCUGGCAGGUAUCACGGCUCGUAGCCAUCUCAGCAUCGGGUUUGGAGACGUCUCGAUCUCAGAGCCCAGAUUACACCACGAGCCUACCGAGCCGAAGGCGCCUUAUGAGUUUGGCAAUGACAACAACGCAGAAGACUUUGGUCCGCAGGACUACAAUGGCGAAGCAGCGAGGGUUGGCGAUGCUGGAGAACAAACGGUGGUCCCCCGAGACUCCCAGAAGAUUGGACGCUUGCUGUCAUUUUCUAUAAUUCCAGCCGAGCGCUGCCGUUCGGGCUAUCUUUUUGACUGCCGCAAGAACAUGGAGAUCGUGGCCGGCAACUGGCAGCUCGAGCGUCUCUGGGAGAUUGUUAAUCGCUUCAGAGAUCAAGCAGCCAAUGAUGGCAUGAUGCACGGCGGUCUGGAUCUCAGUUUCAUCGGCGUAGCUGGCCUAUGGUCUGAGAAUACUGGAAUUAACCCACUCCGACGGCUGACUGCUUCGUCUGCCAAGCCUGGAAACGCCAUCGUCGGCCUCAACAGAGCGAAGUACAUACCCGCUUUCGAAGGCGAACGGACGAGCUUUCCCGAACACCGGCAGCUUUGCCUGGCAGCUUGCGGAUGGAAGUUCACGGUCGACUCGCUUGAAGCUGAAUGCCAGGAACUCAUCGAGCGAGGACUGUACUACCAGGCGAUCGUGCAAGCCGCGCUUCACGACUAUGGACACAUCGCUCUCAAUCUGUUGCGGUCUCUGAUCAGAUCUCGGACCAUCCAGAACAUCGGGCUUGGAGCUCUUCUCGCUUCCGACAACAUCAACGAGGAGCAGCGGGAGAUGUGCCAAUGGAUGGCUGCAGACACUGAUGAUCCUGCGCUCAAGGCAUUGCUUGCGUUUUUGAUUUCCGGCAACUGGCGAGACGUGAUGAAGACGAACUACCUCCAUCUCGGCUACCGACUUGCUUUGGGCCUCAAGUACCUCAACGACACAGAACUCAGCGGCUUCAUUCAGAGCGAGACCGCGCGUGCUGUCAGAAAUGGAGAUCUCGAAGGCAUCCUUUUGACCGGCCUAGGCGAGCAGGCUGUGGACCUCUUCCAGACCUACAUCACCCGAACAAAUGACCUCCAAACCGCAGUGCUGGCGACAGCAUUCACGAACCCGCUGUAUGUCGACGACGUCAGAUGGGAGAUGUGGAAGGAGACGUACUUCGAGCAGAUGCAAGCCUGGAAAUGUUUCAUCCCACGCACCAAAUUCACCGUCCAGCACAAUCGUAUGGCGAAGACGAGGGAAGGUACCAGCUUGAUCAAGCCGCCUGAAGCACAAGUCACCCUUCGCUGUCUGCAUUGCCAAAGCAAUCUCGCGAGAAACGACGGCAGAUACCUCACCGGCCAGCCUCCACCAUCCACCACAGGACCGCCGAUGCCGAACGCUGUCAGGGUCGCCGGGCCGCCUGCAAAUGCUAGGACGGUGUGUCCUACUUGCGGCAGACACAUGCCUCGCUGUGGACUGUGUCAGAUGUGGCUGGGGACGUCGAAUCCUUCUACUGUUGGAGGAGCGAGAGAGUUGAGUAAGAUGGAUGAUAUCAUGGCGAAGCUUGUCUCGUUCUCGCAGACUCUCCCGCCUGACCAGAGGCCAAGCUACCUGGAAGGCGGACUAAUCCCAGAUGUGGAAGAGUAUGGCGACAACCCAGUCAUCAUCCGCCUCUCCGACGAAGAACGAAUCUCCGGCAAGACCAACCCAGGAACGAUCCAACAACUGCUCACAUACUUCCACCGCGAUGGCUUUGUCGUGCUGGAGAACGCCAUCGACGAGGAGCUCGUGGACAACUUGUACAAGAAGAUGUGCGAGGAGAACGAGACCUAUCUCCAGAAGAAGUUCAUGCAGUGGAACCAAGGCGCCGCCACCAAGAAUGUUAGCCAAAUCCCCCCUGUUACGCCGGACUGGCUGGACAAGGACGUCUACGCCAAUCCGCACAUGAUGCGAGUGGUUGAGAAUGUGCUUGGACCUGAACCGGAGAUCCGCUUCCUCAACGCCAACGUGGCUGUCCCAGGAGCAACAGGACGUCAGGCAGUCCACUCUGAUGUCAAUCACCGCUUCCCAUCGAUCCCGUUUGGCAUCGUCAUCAACACGUACCUCCAGGACUCCAGUGAAUCCAACGGCGUGACCGAGGUGUGGUGUGGCACCCACGAUCGCUACGAACGAGAUGAUCAACAAGCCCACAAGGAGAGCGGUUGGAUCAGCAAGGACUACAUCCAGAAGCGAGCGAAGGAACGGCGACCCGUGCAGCCGACGGUGAAGAAAGGUUCGAUCUGCUUCCGAGACCUUCGGCUCUGGCACGCAGGCAUGCCCAAUACGAGCGAUCAUCACCGGAUCAUGUUGGCGAUCGACUACUUCGCCCAGUGGUACCAGUGUCCGAUGAAGCUGAGGCUGCCGUCAGCGUCGAAACAGACGGUGGAGUCUUGGGGAAUCUCGACUGCUGGAAUCGAGUGGGUGGAUGGAGAGUUUGAUCAUCUGGAGCAGCCUUUCUACCUCAAUAUGACGCAGGACCCGAAGAUGUAUAUCAAGCAGACGCCGCAAGGCGUGGAGGAUUGGAGGGCAAGGGAGACGGGGAAGUUUGAGUUUGACGGAGGAGUGGUGAGCGAAGAGAAUUACUGGACUGAGGAGUAG